AAAUCAUUGUGACCCAGUUGAUGCAGAGCGGUUGUCGCCAUUUUGAAAUUUCACAGGUGUAGCCGUUUUAACUUGUGUGGGGAGAAUUUCAAUUUUUUUCUUCAAUUUUACCAUCAUUUUAGUGAUGGUAGGACGACGGUAACAGUUGAAAGAAUCUAGUAAUUAGAGGAAAGGUGAGAGAGUAAGGGGAAAGUGUUAUGAGACGCUAGAAACUUGCAUUUUUCCAACUUUAAGUCGAAGAAGGAGCCAAAGUAAGGACAAUAAUGGGGAUUGGCGUAAGAAACUACUCAAACUGGAUCAAGUUUGCGCUGUUUUUGAUCGUACUCUGCUUCGUGCUUCACCUUGUGUCAUUCGGAACCCCAAACUGGUCGGAGAAAGGUUGGUGGGACGCCGACACUCUUGACAGGUAUUUCACAUACGGACUGUGGCAGACGUGCUAUGAUGGCAGCUACAGUGACUGUUAUUAUCUGCGAGAACCUUCAGAUUGGCACUACAAUGCGCGCGCUCUGGAGGUGGUCGGACUGAUAGGUGUAAUCAUCUGUAUUGUUAUUUGUGCCACCUAUAUAGCCACGCCACGUUUAGGCAGGAAUGCCCACUUGGUCCUCAUCACCCUUAUUGUUUUCUGUCUGCUCACCUCCAUUUUCAUCCUGUCCGGAGUCAUCCUAUGGUGGGCCAACACUCCCAACGUGAAAGCAGGCUAUUCCGCCAUCUUUGCAUUUUUGGCAGGAAUCUCCAUGAUGUUCUGUGGUUUUGCCGUCUUUAUGGAAACGCGUUUCUUAGAAGAGGAGGCAGAGUCGGCCCACAUCCAACAGCAGAUGAUUCAACGCUACUAAAAUCGUUUUUAAGACCUACUAAGGUUUCUAUUUGAAUGAAACUUUGGCUAUGAAGUAUAUUAGUUCAUUCCUUGUAGCACCCACAUUUCUUCGUAAUCUUGUUUGAGUCACCCGCUGGUGAAUUAGUGAACUGGAAUAAUGCUGUUUUUUCUUUCGUGGAACUGGAAACCAUGCUUCGAUUUUCUGCGGUUGGAAAUGUGGUGUUUCUUGAAUGAAAAUCUUCAGAUAAUGGCCAAAAAAUAAAACUGACUGCAUUUGUAAAAUAGACAGAAAAGCAAAAAGACAUUCCCUUGUACAGCUAUGUAAAUACGUUUGCAUUUUUUCUCUUUUGAUACGGCAGAUCCUAGUGUAGACAAUAAAGUGUAGAAAAUGAUAUCUGAUUUAAAUGACAUUUUAGCAGAAUUUAUAUAUGUGCGUCACCAACGAAUGUAGCUUGGAUGCCGUAUAACGGACUAGCUCUGAGUAACUGAAAUG